AUGCCAAUCCUUGUCAUCCUCGCCUUCACACCCCCCUUCUCACCCUCCUCCCCUCCUCCCUCCGCUCUUCCCUUCUCUCCUCCCUCCCCUCCUGCCUCCCCUCUUCCCUCUCCCCCCCCCACUCCUCCCCCCUCCUCCCCAAUAGCAGCUGCCACCAACCCCAUCCCCCGCCACGCAAACGCCUCCAAAAUCCGCAGCUCCUCUGUUGCCAUCUGUUCUGCUGACUCACGCACCGCCGCCGCCAGCUCAGCUUCUGACAUCACUGAGAGAUGUUACCAUGAGGAGGAGGAGGAGGAGGAGGAGGAGGAGGAGGAGGAGGAGGAGGAGGAGGAGGAGGAGGAGGAGGAGGAGGAGGAGGAGGAGGAAGAGGAGGAGGAGGAGGAAAGACGUUUGGAAAUGCCAUUUGCAAGAGCGUCACCGCGACCACGUUACCAUGAGAAUGCGAAGCUCGUCCAAAAGCGAAUGCCCUCUCUCAUUGGCUUGCCGCUGUGCCAUCUCCACCGAUAUAAUCACAUCGCCUAA